AGCUCCACCAACCCUCUGCCCUCCCCUCCGCCUCCGCCCUCCUCCUCGGCCUCGUGCAGCCAGCCAACCGCGCGGCCGCUUGUUGAGCCAGGGCUCCACCGUCGCCAUGACGCCCGGCAAACAUUCCGGAGCCUCGGCCCGAGCCGCUAACGCAGGAGCUUGGGGGUACAGGGACUUCAGAGGCGCAAAAAAGGGGUGGUGGACCACUCCCCAGCUGGUCGCCACCAUGUCAGUCUCUCCGGCAGGCAGUCACAAGCAGCAGAACUUCGGCUUGAACAAUGCCACACAACCAAAGAAGUCUAUUAGCUUUUUUGCUACAAUGAAAGCAACUUCAGUGAAAGGAUAUACUGGUGCAAAUCAAAGCAGAAUGGCUGUGUCCAAAACCAUGCUUACUCCACCUGAACUGAAAACUGUAGAAAAAACAAAUCCCAGUAUAAAGACAACACAGGUGUUUGACAUAAAUGGAACUGAUGUUACUCCUCGACCUCUUUACCAUCCAGAUCCACUUACUGGUACAGCAAAGCCAAAUAAACUCUUGACAUCACAAGAAGGAUCACUUGGAUCAGAAUUUAUAUCUUCCUAUAGCCUUUAUCAGAAUACAAUAAAUCCUAGUAUGUUAGGGCAGUUUACAAGGUCAGUUUUAGGAAGCAGUACAGUUUCUAAGUCAAGUGUAUCAACAAGUGAAUCAAUAGCAGAAGACCUGGAAGAACCAUCCUAUAAACGGGAAAGAUUGACUAGUUUCACAGAUUUGCAAGUUACAAGGGCAGCACCUGAAAAAAUUGUAACAAAAGAAGACCUGGAGAAGAAUAUACAGAUAAUACUCACAGAGACAGAAACACUGAGAUUUUUUGACUUGCCCACAGUCAUGGUCUCUGUAGAAUCUGAAGAAGCUGAGAAAGUAACUCAGAGAAACAAGAAUUAUGAAGUCCUUUGUAGAAAUAGAUUAGGCAACGACCUAUAUGUUGAAAGGAUGAUGCAGACUUUCAAUGGAGCACCAAAGAAUAAAGAUGUUCAAUGUGAUAAAAUCAUAAUGGAAGAUAAAGGCAUAAUGUCCACUGCCUGGGAUUUGUAUGAUUCUUACAAUGCUAUGGAACUUCUAUCUUUAUCAGUAAACCAAUCUGUGGUUGAGUCAAGUAGUAAAGCAAAUGCACUUCCUAAAGAUCAGGACCAAAGAGUGCCGGGGAGCACUACAGAAAAAAAUAGUGAAACUAGUUCUCUAAUGGACAUAGAAAAUGUAAUUCUGGCAAAAAUCCAUGAAGAUGGGGAAGACCACUCAGAUGCAAUAUUAAAGUCUGACAAAUUUCAUCAGGACUUAUUUUUUAUGGAACGAGUUCUAAUGGAAAAUAUAUUUCAGCCAAAACUUGCAGCUUAUCGUCAGCUUCCUGUUUUAAAAGAACCUGAACCUGAAGAGCCUGAAGAUGUUUUAGAAAGUGCAAAACAUGAAGAGGUAGAGGAGGAAUCUAAGAAGGAGGAGGAAGAAGAAAUACAUGCAGAAGAAUCAACAAUACCUGCCAACAUGGAACGACUUUGGUCUUUUUCCUGUGACUUAACCAAAGGCCUCAAUGUGAGCAGCCUUGCCUGGAAUAAAGCAAAUCCAGAUCUUUUGGCUGUUGGCUAUGGGCACUUUGGAUUUAAAGAGCAAAAAAGAGGAUUGGCUUGCUGCUGGUCAAUAAAGAAUCCCAUGUGGCCAGAACGUAUUUAUCAGAGUCCAUAUGGAGUUACUGCUGUGGAUUUUUCAAUUGGAGCACCUAACCUUUUAGCAGUUGGCUACUACAAUGGCACAAUUGCAAUUUACAAUGUACAGAGCAACAGUAAUGUUCCACUUCUGGAUAGUAGUGAAUCACCUCAAAAACAUUUGGGACCUGUAUGGCAACUACAGUGGAUAGAACAAGAUCGAGGAACAACAGGAGAUGACAAAAGAGAAAUACUACUUUCUAUAUCAGCAGAUGGAAGAAUCUCCAAAUGGGUUAUACGAAAAGGACUAGACUGUUAUGAUUUGAUGCGAUUAAAGAGAACUACAGCUGCCAGUAACAAAAAGGGAGGGGUAAAGGAAAAGAAAGAUGAUGCUUUGAUAUCUCGACAGGCUCCUGGAAUGUGUUUUGCUUUUCAUCCCAAGGACACAAAUAUCUAUUUGGCUGGCACUGAAGAAGGUCAUAUUCACAAGUGUUCUUGUUCAUAUAAUGAACAAUACUUAGAUACCUACAGAGGACAUAAGGGUCCAGUGUAUAAAGUGACAUGGAAUCCAUUUUGUCAUGAUGUAUUUUUAAGCUGUUCUGCAGAUUGGGGUGUUAUUAUAUGGCAACAGGAGAAUGUCAAGCCAUUUUUGAGUUUUUAUCCAACUACUUCUGUUGUUUACGAUGUUGCCUGGUCUCCAAAAUCAUCCUAUAUAUUUGCAGCUGCAAAUGAGAACAGGGUGGAGAUUUGGGACCUUCAUAUCAACACUUUGGACCCUCUGAUUGUGAAUACUGCUAACCCUGGAAUCAAGUUCACAACCAUUCUCUUUGCCAAACAAACAGAUUGCCUUCUGGUAGGAGACAGUGAUGGACAGGUUUCUGUGUAUGAACUGAGAAAUAUGCCUACUGUUUUGGAAUCUGGCCGGGGAGAUAUAAUAGAUACUUUGCUUGGAUCCAAGUCAAACCAACCAGCAUAAUUCAUCAUUCCUAAUAUUUUUCUUGUAGUUGUUUGAAAAAAUGAAUUAACAUCCAAUAUUCUGUAUUAUAUACUGUACACCAGAUUUUGAUUUCAGAAAACAAUAUUUGAUGUAUAACUUCCACUUAAUUUAAAUUUAAUAAACUUUUAUUUCAGAGA